GCCUCCCUCCCUGUCGCCAAGCUGCGCCGGGGCCGAGCGCCCCCUCCUACCUCCCCCUCCUCCUCCCGGCGCACCCCGCCCGUGAACGCAUCGCGAGCCCCUCCCGCUGCGCCGGGCUGGGGGACUCGGCCGCCCCCGCCCCAACCGGGAGGCGGCGGCGGCGGCCACCCAAAGCUGCAGUGGGGACCGAAAUCCGAGGCCCGGUGGCGGCCCUGCGUCUGGACCGGGCACGCGGGGUCUGUGCCUCUGCGCCCCUAGCCCAGGGCCGCGGUGCCCGGCCUUGCCGCGGGCUAGAGAAGGUAUUUCCUGGCCACGGGCAAGUGAUCUGACCAAUCUGAGCCUUCGCUUCUUCAUUCCGGCACAGAAGCAUUCCACCCUGGGAGCACUGUUGUGAGAAUGCUUCCGGGCCCUGGCUGUUGGUGAACAGAGCCGCCCUGAUCUCGCAGGCCGGGCCCACCCGCGGCCCCCCAUGAGCGCGCCCGGCUGACCGGCGAGGCGGCCGCGGUGGAGCCGGCGCGCCCCGAGGGCAGCGGGGCCAUGGCCUCGCUGGACCUACCUUACCGCUGCCCGCGCUGCGGGGAGCAUAAGCGCUUCCGGAGUCUGUCGUCGCUGCGCGCGCACCUGGAGUACAGCCACACUUACGAGACGCUCUACAUCCUCUCCAAGACGAACAGCAUCUGCGACGGGGCGGCGGCCGCCGCUGCCGCAGCAGCCGCAGCCUCUGGCUUCCCGCUGGCACCUGAGCCCGCUGCCCUGCUGGCUGUGCCUGGGGCUCGGCGCGAGGUCUUCGAGAGCACGUCCUUCCAGGGCAAGGAGCAGGCGGCGGGGCCAGCGCCCGCGGGGCCGCACCUGCUGCACCACCAUCACCACCACGCGCCGCUCGCGCACUUCCCCGGUGACCUGGUGCCCGCCAGCCUGCCCUGCGAGGAGCUGGCCGAACCGGGGCUGGUGCCCGCCGCGCGCUAUGCGCUCCGGGAGAUCGAAAUCCCACUCGGCGAACUGUUCGCGCGCAAGUCCGUGGCAUCUUCGGCCUGCUCGACCCCGCCACCCGGGCCUGGCCCUGGUCCUUGUUCGGGGCCUGCCUCUGCAUCGCCGGCGUCGCCAUCGCCAGCGGACGUCGCCUACGAAGAGGGCUUGGCACGCCUCAAGAUCCGCGCGCUGGAGAAGCUGGAGGUGGACCGGAGGCUGGAGCGGCUGAGCGAGGAGGUGGAGCAGAAGAUUGCGGGGCAGGUGGGCCGGCUACAGGCCGAGCUGGAACGCAAGGCCGCAGAGUUGGAGACUGCGCGACAGGAGAGCGCACGCCUGGGUCGUGAGAAGGAGGAGCUGGAGGAGCGUGCAUCUGAACUCUCGCGCCAAGUGGAUGUGAGCGUGGAGCUGCUGGCCUCGCUUAAGCAGGACCUGGUGCAUAAGGAACAGGAGCUGAGCCGCAAGCAACAGGAGGUGGUGCAGAUCGACCAGUUCCUGAAGGAGACGGCGGCUCGGGAGGCCAGCGCCAAGCUGCGGCUGCAGCAGUUCAUUGAGGAGCUCCUGGAGCGCGCAGACAGGGCCGAGCGCCAGUUGCAGGUCAUCAGUAGCAGCUGUGGCAGCACACCGAGUGCCAGCCUGGGCAGAGGAGGUGGGGGCAGUGCCUCGGGGCCUGGAGGGCGAGGCCCCGGCAGAAUGCGAGAUCACCAUGCAGGCCCAGCUGUGCCAAGCACGUACGCCGUGUCACGGCAUGGCUCCUCUCCCAGCACAGGGGCCUCCAGCCGUGUACCAGCUGCAUCCCAGAGCUCAGGCUGCUAUGACAGUGACAGUCUGGAGCUGCCCCGGCCAGAGGAAGGGCCCUCGGAGGACAGUGGCCCUGGGGGCUUGGGUUCACGGGCCCAGGCUACCAACGGUGGUUCAGAGCGGUCCCAGCCCCCUCGUAGUUCAGGCCUACGACGACAGGCCAUCCAGAACUGGCAGCGCCGACCGCGCCGUCACAGCACCGAGGGGGAGGAGGGUGACGUCUCAGAUGUGGGCUCCCGAACUACUGAGUCAGAGGCUGAGGGCCCCUCUGAUGUCCCACGCCCUGGACCUGCUGUAGCUGGGCCCUUGAACAGCUGCCGUCUCUCAGCCCGCCCCGAAGGAGGCAGUGGGCGAGGCCGUCGAGUGGAGAGAGGUAGCCCCUCACGCUCCAAUGAGGUCAUCAGCCCGGAAAUCCUCAAGAUGCGAGCUGCCCUCUUCUGUAUCUUCACCUACCUGGAUACCCGUACGCUGCUGCAUGCUGCAGAGGUCUGUCGGGACUGGCGCUUUGUGGCCCGCCAUCCUGCCGUCUGGACGAGAGUGCUACUGGAGAAUGCCCGAGUCUGUUCCAAGUUCCUGGCGAUGUUGGCCCAGUGGUGUACCCAGGCUCACUCAUUAACAUUACAGAAUCUGAAGCCCCGACAGCGGGGAAAGAAGGAGAGCAAGGAAGAAUAUGCCCGCAGCACCCGGGGCUGCCUUGAAGCAGGGCUGGAGUCCCUGCUGAAGGCGGCCGGUGGGAACCUGCUGAUCCUGCGCAUUUCCCACUGCCCCAACAUCCUUACUGACCGGUCCCUCUGGCUGGCCAGCUGCUACUGCCGUGCGCUGCAGGCUGUCACCUACAGGAGUGCCACAGACCCUGUUGGCCAUGAGGUGAUCUGGGCCCUGGGCGCAGGCUGCAGAGAGAUUGUCUCCCUCCAGGUGGCGCCACUUCACCCGUGCCAGCAGCCCACCAGGUUCAGCAACCGUUGCCUGCAGAUGAUUGGACGCUGUUGGCCCCACCUCCGGGCCCUGGGCGUAGGUGGUGCCGGCUGUGGGGUGCAGGGCCUGGCAUCGCUUGCAAGAAACUGUAUGCGGCUGCAGGUCCUGGAACUGGACCAUGUGUCAGAGAUUACCCAGGAGGUGGCGGCUGAGGUCUGCCGGGAAGGCCUGAAAGGACUGGAGAUGCUGGUGCUCACGGCCACCCCUGUCACCCCUAAGGCUCUGCUCCAUUUUAACAGCAUCUGCCGGAAUCUCAAAUCCAUUGUGGUGCAGAUCGGGAUUGCUGAUUACUUCAAAGAGCCCAGCAGUCCCGAGGCUCAGAAGCUGUUUGAGGAUAUGGUGACAAAACUCCAGGCCCUUCGACGAAGGCCUGGCUUCUCGAAGAUUCUGCACAUCAAGGUAGAAGGUGGCUGCUAACCCGGGCAAGGGGCGGCAGGGCCCCUGCCAGCCCCACAUCAAGGCGCUCUUUGGAACUCUGGAGGGGCCCUGGCUUGGACUAGACCCUUGGAGGCCUCAUGUUACCCCAGGUUCCUGACAGUGAUUGAAUAUCCUGUCCAGUUGGGACAGCAGAGUGACAGGUGACCCAGAGCACUGCCUCCCCAGGGCAGGGGCUUGGACAGACAAUGCUGCCCUGAGAACUCCCUCACAUCCCCAGUGGCAGCAGCCUUCUGGCACAGCUGGCACACCAGCACCUGGUUGUCACUGCUCAGAGGAUCUGCAGUAGCCAUCCAGCGGCUCCUCAGCUGCUCAGGCAGGUCUCUCCUUCCUGAGGCCAUCUCCUGGUCAGGAGCCUGUCAGGUCACAGACCAGAAGGGGCUUAAGGCAGCUCACACAUAGCAAGGAGGGCUCUUCUCCCUUUUCCCUGGCUAGGCCCUCUGCAGGGCACUCCCUUCAGACAGAGGGCCUUUCUUCCAGAUUUGUAUUCUCCAGUGAUGAUGCAGGCAAGCCUAGGAACCCAGGUACAAGGUUAGCUGAAAGUUGGACAGGGCCAUAGGAAUGGGUUUCCAAGGGUAAAAAAUGUCUAGAACUCCCUAGGAAGAGGCCCACACUUCCCAAGCAGGUAAAGGACUGGCCAGUUUGGAGGAGACUGUUUCUAAGACAAAAGACUUAUCAUCUCACACCCCAGAGCUAAGCUCAAAGCAGUCUCUGGGGCAGAGGUCCCAGCAAAGCUACAGUAAGAAGGGACCUCUUAACCCAGGCACUUUAGGAUUUCCCAAAGUCUUUCAGGCGGCAAGGCCAUUAAGAGGGAGGACCUUUGGCUACCUGCUGUGCUGGGGCUUGGGGAAAGGGGGAUUGCUUGAGGAGGAGGCUUUGGCAAGGAGCCAGAUUCUGGUGCCAGACAGGAAGAAUUUCCACAGCCUGUCUUCCUAAGUCUUUACAGCCCUGGGCAGAAACCACAGAAUAUUUGGGGUUGGGUGUCAGUGGCCUUGCACUGUACCUGAAAAGUCUGUCUGAGCGCCAAAGUCCCACAGACUGAGCAUCCCUAGCUGAGUUUCUCCUCUCAGAACUUGGAUUUGGCUGCAACCAUGAGUCUUGGCAACCCUCAUUUGGGCCCAUCUUUCAAAUGCCUGGCUUGUCAUCCAAAUCUUAAGAGUUUUCUUUGCUCCUGUGUAAGGUGGAAUCCUUUUGCCAGUUUUCUCCAGCUGUGCCACAACCUGGACUGGGCACUAAGCCAUCUGGGUUACUGCCUAACAGGUCCCUUGCUUUGCUGCACACCCUCCCGCUCAAUGCUCCCAGGUCCCAUAGCUCUGGCCCAGCUCAUCAUUAUUGAGUUCUGUGGCUUGUUCUGUCCCUGCUUUCUGAAGACUAAAAUGCCAAGGUUGUCAAUGCUGGAUACUCCAUGCCCAGUCCUGCAUGAAACCUUGGCUGUGUGGUAUCUAUAUGCCCCUACCUCUCACAGCUGCCUCCAGUUGCUCCCGCCUCCUCAGCUCCGUCCCCAGGAGUCACAGGCAACAGCACAACUUCCCUCUCCCUUAGUGGCCCGGGAGGGAGGCGGAGGUGCACUUGGGGUCCAGUGCUGCCUUCGGCAGGUCAGUUGUGCCAGCUACAUCCAUGCAGCCCCUGCCCUGAGACUCUUAUGACCAGAGGUGCUGCCCUUCCUGUCUCUUGGAUAAAGCACAAAGUGAUGUGGUAGUUGGCCACACCUGCCCCUAGGGGCUUCCAUUCCUCAGCCGCAGGAUUUGGACAUCUCCCUGGGUAGGGAAGGCAUUAGAAUGCCUGGAGGGGGGAAACAGGUCAGGGUACACAGCCGUCAGGGUAGGGAGCAUGCUAGUCCCAGGCUCUACUCUAUCUACACAGCAUCCUGAUCCAUGGAGAGGGAAACCUAGCCCUUCUGUUGACACAAGUCUGCCCUCUGAACGGCUUUUGAAAGAAACCUGUGUUCUUGUGUUAAGUAAAGGUGGGUAGAGUGAAAAUUGCAGACCUAAGCCUUUAUCAACCUAAGUGACAGGUCACUGUGUCCUGCCUGAGUCUUGGGCGUCUUAGUCUUAAGGCAUGACUUGAGACGCAGAUCUGCCCCCGCCCCCGACUUGUGGUUCCUUUGCUUUUUCCCCAGGGGACCAACCCUGCUUUUGGGUGCUGUACUCAAUUCCAUCUUCAGCAGUCACAGAACCAGUUGCUGAUGGGGCACAUGGCUUCCUUAGGAGCACCUUAGCUGUUCUUCAGCCACUCAAAGGGGAGCCCCUUGCGUCUCAUACUUAAUAUUAAGUACAGAAAGAGUGCAUGAGGGCAUGCCCUGCUCCAGAAACACUGGUCUAUGGAGAAGGCUCAUGGGUGGCAGCCACUUGGUAUCUCUUCCACUCCCAUCCCCUGCCACACAGCCUGGCCCUAGCAACUGAGUUGCGGCAUGUUUAGCUUGAGUACUUCAUGCUUACUUACACAGGCUGUUUUUCCCCACAAUAUGGCAAAAAUGUAUGCACCCCUGCCUGGAACCCCAGCUUUCCACCCAUCAACAGAGAGCACCCUGAAAAAAAAAAUUAAAAAAACAAAACAAAACCCUCAUUGACAAUAGAAGCUGAGUCAGCCUCAAGAAUUGCCUCAGAAACCUAACAAAGAGGCCUCCUUCCCAUGGCUUGCUCCUCCGUUUCCAGCUCUGAUCUAGAAUGCAGAACACAGGUAGUAAGCUGUCAACCUGUCUCUGUAAGGCACUAAGUUGAAGGAAAACUUCCCAGAGCAACAGUUGGUGCCAAAGAUAGUUCCUGGUGAACUCGGGGAAAAGUGAGAUUAAGUGGAAUGGCCCAGUGCCCCGGAGUUAACCACUGAUGGGAUGAACCUUAGCCUGUCAGCCCCUGAAGACUUGGCAGUCUUUCUGCCCCUAGUGGCCAUGCUUUCUCAUCUAGCCUCGGCGUAGGCCAGUCUCUCUGUAAUAUAUUAAUGUGUGAUGUGUAUAUUCACUCCUGGACAAGUGAGCUCAGCUGGAGUCCUUACCCAAAAGGACAAGGCUGAAGGUUGGGUGAAGAGCAGAAAAUUAGGCUUUCCUCAACAUUUUGGGACUUUAGUCCCAAGACUGCCCGAGACAAUCAAGCAGGCACUCCACCAUGAGGCCAGCUCUGGGCCUCUGCCAUUAUCACAGCCCAGGGGGAGCUUGGCCUGGAACCCUCCAGCCUCUGCUCAGCCCUGGUAAGGGUCUGAGGCCUGAGGUGGCUCAGAGGGCAUUUGCUGGUGGGACCACAGCUGGAUCCUAGGCCCUGCCUUCCUGUGCACAGCCAGGCUAUAAACUGCCCCGUGCAUACUAGGCAGAGGGGUGGGUAGCAACUUUUGGUUUUAGUUUUGUUAAUAAAGUGGUGCCUGUACCUCCAGCCCCCAGGGGGCCUUCCCUGGCCCCACUUAUCUGCCCCACCCAGGCAUUGCCAUCCCAGCACUUUGCUCCAUGUCACCCAGAUGCCCUUUGCCGAAUGUAUCAGCGUAUGUAUCUAAAAGGACUCUUGGGCAUCAUUGGUUCUGUAUCCAAUAAAAAAUGGUGAAA